AACAGCCUCCAUAUAAAGUUUGCAUACAUGGUUAUUUUGUAAGAUAGUGCGCAGGAAUUCAUUCAUGCAUGAGCGAUGUUUGGCUGAUGUGCAGACAUCAUAGCGCAGGGAAAAUAUUACAUUCCCUCAGCAGCUUUUUGCACAUCUCCAUGACAACAAUUUGCAAUGGGGAAGAACUAGAUACCAGGGCGCUUGGAGGCUGAUUGGGGUGCAUUGUAAGAGGGCUGGGGUCGCUGAUUGGUUCAAGGGAAGCACCAUAACUACGAGGAGUUUAUAUUCAUUCAGCUUGUUGAAGUGCUCUUACUGCAGCCUGGAGAGAAAUCUGCAGCUUCGGGAAACUCUUCAUCCAUCCACCAGCGAUCUGUGUGCUGGACUGCAUCUCAUAACAUGGACUGACUAUUCAAAAAUUUGUCUAAAAAAAAAUAUGGCAAAUCCAGACAAUGAAGUUAAAACAUUGCUGAAUUUUGUCAAUUUGGCAUCCAGUGACAUCAAAGCUGCCUUGGACAAGUCAGCUCCAUGCAGACGCUCUGUGGAUCACAGGAAAUAUCUGCAGAAACAAUUGAAGCGUUUCUCUCAGAAGUACGCCAGAGUCCCACGAUACCACACGCACCGGUCUAACGAGGACGCCAAACCCAUCGGGACUGUCCGCCAGAGCGUAAAGGUCAGAGAAAAGUUGGGUCCAGAUGUGGAGAAUGCAGCAAACAAUGUGGAGCAGGUACCUAUGAGAAAGCGCCAACUACCGGCCUCUUUUUGGGAAGAACCCAAGAUAGCCCAGAUGAAGAGGGAGCAGUCACAUUUAGGACUGAGAAACAGCUCCGUGGGGACAACCGAGAGUGGCAACACCGAGAAGAAGAAACGAGGUUACAACGACGAAGACGCAAAGGCCACGUUAUCUGCAUCCAGUCAGCACAUUUCUGCAGAAAAAGAGAUGCUGAAGCUGGAUGUGACCUCUCACCACCGCAUGGGCGCGUGCGGCUGCUGUCCUUUGCAGCAGUACCACAGACACCAGAUCAUCCACGGCCAAAUCGUCGUCCCCCACCCACCCCUAGCACUGUGGACCAAAGCAUUGGAGACUGAAAGCGAGAAAUCCGACCUUCCUUAUGGACAGAAACUUCACACACAUGUUGUGGUCAAACCCAUACCAACCAAACCCACCGUUCAGUCGCCGAUAUUCAGCGUAUUUGGAUUCAUUUAAUCG